AUGGCCGACGCCUCGGGCAAUCCUGCCGAUGGCUACUACAGUGGCCGUCCCCUGGGCCUGGAGUACGAUCCGCAACAAGCGCAGGCAGUGCCGGCACCGCCGCUGGAAGCAGCACAGCCGCAGCCACGGCAGGAUGUUGGCGACCAGGUCGCCAACCACACUCAUGUCCAUGGCGUUCCUGGAUACUAUAAAGGCCGCCUUAGCAACACGAACACUGCUGUAGCUCCUCUUUCAGCAACAGCUGCUGUUGCUCCUCCUCCUCCUGCUCCUGCUGUUGAACCUGAAAGGAAGCUGAGCUGGAUUGACAAAUGGUAA